AUGACGACCUUCAGAAUGGUGUUGUUGAUAAUCUGUUGCGUUGUUGCGUUUAUUCCCAACGAGCUGGAAGCAGUGAAGCUGGAGAGAAACUGGAGAACCAAACCUCUAGACGAGACAUCUGUCAGUAUCAAUGUGAGUCAGCCUGGUCUGCCAUUUUACCAGAUUCUCAAUAAGAUCGGGGAAGAUGUCUACAUCGGAGGCAACGAAACACUCUUAAAAUUUUCACUUGGGAACAACAAAGUGACAACAACAAAAAUGUCAUUUGAAACAAUGGAGCCUGAGGGUCUCGUUAUAACCUGUCCGAACGCACACCCUAUGGAUAAAGAGACUGUCUGUUGGAACUUCAUACGAGUUGCAGAAAGAACGAGUUCUGGCGAUUUCCUGGUGUGUGGCACAAAUGCAAUGAGCAUGCAGUGUUACGAGUGCACUAUCAAUUUGAAAUGCCAUCCUUUGAAUACAAAUUAUAACCACCUAGCUGUGGUUCCUCUGCAACAUGAUGCUAAUGCAGCGACAGCUAUGUUCAACAGUGAUCGUGGGGAUAUGCUCUAUGGUGGGGAUGUUGCGGACAGCACCUUCAACAGAUGGUCUGUACAAGCAGAUUUAAGCUCCGCCAACCCCAUCGAGUUUGAGCUAGAUACAGUUACUACUGGAGAGGGUUUUAUCAAGGAACCAACCUUUGUGGGGAGACCGUUUGAGUACACACACGAUGAUGGUAACGAGUACGUGUUUCUGUUCUACCGUGAAACUGCACUUGAGUACACCGCUGGACCCAAAGUGUACUCGCGCAUUGCCAGAGUGUGCAAGAAUGAUACAGGAGGCACUGUCAACACAAAGAAGUUCGUCACCUUCAUCAAGGCUCGCUUGGAAUGCUCAGUACCAAAUGGUGAUGAACCGACAUUUGAAUACAAUUAUCUGCAGGAUGUGGUUUGGGACGAAAGAAAUCUUAGAGCAUACGCGAUUUUCACCUUGCAAGAAAAUGGACCUCCGACGUCAGCUCUUUGCAGUUACAAGAUGCAAGAUAUCAUGCGUCUGUUUGAUGAGGGUAAUUUCCUGGGACAGGACGAUGGUGAUGUCAACAGUCUAUGGUAUGAAGUGUCGCGGCCACUGAACCCAAGGCCUGGGACGUGUCAUGAAAAACACACCACUGACUAUCCUCCUCUACUACACAAGCCGGUGCCCAGCUUCAAUGCAAAUGAACAAACUGGAGGAUCUCAAAUUUCACCGCCAGCAAAUUUUCCUAAAUCAGAUCCACCAAUACUGCAUUUGGACGAUGUUCUUUUCACCAGCCUGGCCGUCGAUUUUGACUACGACUGUGUUUACUACUUUGGCACAACGAUUGGAACCGUACUGAAAGUUUUAAAAGACAAUUGCAGUGACCCAGACGAGACAUUUGCAGUGUUUGAAGUUAAUCUGGGCACAAGUGAUCCCAUCACAGGGCUAGAGUUUCUGACAAAGGAUUCCAUCAAACACCUCCUGCUGACAACUGAAGUGAAUGUCGUAACGUUGCCCCUUAGCACCAACUGCACGCUCGAGGAAUGGUGUCCAGUUGUCUCCGAACCUACUUGCAUCCAAAUGUGUGUCGAUUCCAACCAGUUGAAUUCCUCGAUCCCACAAGCAGCUAUUACUGCUUUCAUCAACGACGGGAACACAUUCGGUUGUGCUGAGCACUCGUAUUGUUUCGCUUCUGAUGAUGGAUUAAACUCAGUGACUUGCCUCGUCACCAAUAUGAGCCAGAUUCUGCUCAUAAGAAAAUCAAUCUUCAGUAUCGUAGCUAAUCCGGUCAUAACUGUACCGAGUAUCCCCCAGCAGAUAGUUGCAGCUGAUGGAUUUGCUGCUGAAAUGUCAUGGGCUGAGAUCACAGCCACAGACACAGAAGAUGGUACUUUCCUGGUCGGCAUCUACUGUACGGAUCUUGGAUAUGCGACGAGAGUUGGUAUCAGGGGAGGAGUGUUUGGACUUGGAGCACACGAAGUGACCUGUGCUGUGACUGAUUCAGAUGGUUGCUUGGUGUCAGAAACGUUAAGUUUCUUUGUGGAAGCUGCGACAGUAUACAUACGUGCGAAAGAGUCAGCUCAAAUUGCCUUACCUCAAUACCUGAGCAACAAGCCAGACCGCUCUAACCUCACGUGGGUCAUCACAACGGAAGACGGCCGCGGAAUUCGCAUCACUCUUCAUCGUCUGGAUACCGUCAAUGGGUCAGUCUUUCGUGUUGGUGAAGGUAACGAUAGCACCGACCUUGCCACUGUGAUCUUCGAGUGGAGCGGCCCGAGACAAGUACCCGACCUGAUCUCCGUAGGCAAUACGAUGUGGUUGACGUUCACAUCAUAUGGAAGUGCCAUGAAUUCAGGGUUUUACCUCUCGGCUUUCAGUGUGUCUUCGACGGGAUCAGGUGGAGAAAGUUGUACGACAACAGGUUUUCCACCAGGCUGCGGUACCUGCAGCGGUCCAGAGAAUGAUAGUGGGGAUCGGGGACCACCGUGCUUAUGCAAUUCAACUCAAAGAGGGGACUUGUGUGAUCUCGAAUGUCCCGAGCGGUAUCUCUCUGUCCCCUCGACCGUUGAGGUUACUGCAAGCCAAGAUUCUGUGCCAGUCACGUGGGAUGAGGUGACUGCUGCUAUUGACGAGGUUGACAUCAGCACUGGCAUAUCUUGUACCGCUCCUGGUUCCGGCCCUGGGGACGUGUCUGUCACUGGUGGAGUGUUUUCACAAGGUCUGCACACGGUUACCUGCCUAGCGUUCGCUUUGGACGGUUGUCAGAUGCUUGGAAGUUUCACAGUUAGCGUAAAACUACCUGGUAUGUAA